GUGUAACUAAAUAAGGACAGCUUACAGAAGUCUUUUGUGAAGAAAGUGUUAAAAUAUAUAUUUAAUGAUGUCGUGUGGGCCAGAAUGCCUCUCCCUGGGCCCUCCUCCGGACUCCAUCGUGCACAUGCCGCCUCCCCCGCUGCCGGCGUUCCUCGCGAACAUGGCAAAUUUAACACCUCCUUGCAGAGCCUUCAAAUGUCCCCCGCAACACAAUAAUGAAGACAACUCCCUGUUCCCUGGUGUUGAAUACCACGAGUUACCACGACAUGAGCCAGCUGCAACAGACGACACAUGGUUUUUGGUGUUAAUAACAUGCUGUAUCGCGGUUUUGUGUAUUGCUGCUCUAUUGGCUCUGUUUCUUCUGAAGUGUCGUGAGGCGAGAGGUGGAUGUAAGAGUGGAACAGGAAAAACCAGCGGCUCAAAUGCCCUAUAUGGCAGUGCAGCUCUUGAUUCUCGAGUCCUCUGGGCGGCUCUCACUCCCCGAGGUACCAGACAUUUUGUCGCCGACACUUAUCCACAUGAUGAAACUGAAGACCACCACUAUGAAUGCGUUGAACCACCUCUAUACAAACUUGGCCCACCCGAAGACCUGGCUAUCACCAGACAUUACAACGUUGAGUACGAAGAUCCAGCUCCGCUAAUAGAAAGCUAUUCAGACCGAACGGAGGAAUACUUCAGAAACGGAAUGGAGACUCUACGUAGAGGCAAUAGACCAUUAGUUUCCUCUCCAACAAGGAUUGAAAGACCUAACUUGCCGCCACUAAAUCUUCAGCCCAGAACUCUCCGCCGUGCACCUCACUCCCGCAGGGUCAGCGAUGCAAACAAUUCAGAGAAAUCGACCAUCUGAACCGAGAAUGGCGCGGUAUUUUCCGUCGCCGAUUCAACAGAUAUCGAUUAUGAGUGGUCGAUUACAGAUUCAAACGUUGAUCGACUUGUAUAAAGGCAUAUUAUACUUGUCUUGAAGAUUAAACAUGGAAAUAUAGUCUAAUAAAACAGAAAAACUGAACGGAACUUUAAUAGUUUUGUGUACAAAAAGACUUAAAAUUUUCAAAAUCGUGUUUAUUCUCCGGUAUUAAAUUGCCAAGUGAACACUUAUCUACAUCAAUCCAAAUUGUAGAAUAUUUAAUAUACUUAGUUCUUAAACAAAAACAGGACUACAUAAUAAAUAAUAAUUUGAUUCAUCUAUAUCUAACAGUAGCCAGUAGUAAUCCACUUUUACUGCACUUUUAAACACCUCAUUUUUAACGUACGAGUGAUGUGUAAAAUGUAAAACCAUGCUUGAAAAAAUUAAUAUAGUUUUAAGGUCUGAUCUAGUCGAUUGUAGUAAGUUUUUAUUCUAGUAAUUUUAACACUAUAAACUUAGAUUUUAAGUAUAGCUAUAAUAUUUAUCUGUAAAAUUAUAAUUAAUUAUUAUAUUAAGAAGGGUAAAGAUUUUAUUUCUUUUAAUAUCUGUGCAAA